UCAAAUAGAAUGCCGUUGCGCAAUACAAGGACUAUUGCCAAGGUUACCAUGCGUAAACAAUCCUCAGUCAGACAGGGCCCAAGAAAAUAAUUGACUGGGUCUGUGAAUCCACGUCCCUGAAAGUUAAUCUUGGCGUUUUUUAAAUUGUCAAUGCGUGUAGGCCUAUCUAUAGUCUAAUGUAUUUUUAACCUAGAUGUAUAAUGUCAACCAAUGACAUAGUAAAUAUGGUUGACUUGAAGAUAAAAGAGCAACUAAAAGGAAUUAAAAAGAGAGACUUAUCACAGACAUAUUUUUAUAAGAUGGCAUGCAGAGCGUUCGGCCCAGCGAAAACUCGAAACAGGGUUAUUAUCGCACAACCAAUGCGUAGGUUGAAUUCCAUUCAGGUGCCUUCGAAGCAGAUGACAAGUACCAAAAAUCGAAGCGUUCCUGUGGUUGCGCCUGGAAUAGGGGACCGAGACCACGGGGUAUUGCUGACGACUAUGCUACCAGGAAAAGAUGUUGCUAAUCAUCGAGACUGGGUUGAGCAACGGAGGGUCUUUCGCAAGGAGCUCGAUAAUAUCGGGAACUUGUCAAAGUGGCUUCACGCCAAGCCGACAGUAACCGAGCUUGAAAUGCUUGUAGUUGAGAGAGAGAAAAACACAGAGAAAACUCCCUCACCAAAGAGCGGAGCAGGUGCCGUCGAGACUCGUCCAUCGCUUUGGAACAUUGAUUCAAGGGAGUGGAAGGGUAGGCCUAAUUCCCAGCAGAGCAAACUUAAAGAAAUUAAACGGUAUCUCAGCACCAACGAGCUGUGCACGAAUGAGAUAGCCAAACGUCCAGACAAACAUGGCACCGGGAAGAUCAUUAGCCGGGAGGACCUGCGAUCUGCUUUGGAGAAGGAGGGAAUCCCAAUGGCUCCUGAGCGCCUGGAUAAGCUAGUGUCCUAUCUGAUUGGAAGGGAGGGGGACUCAUUGACAGUGAAGAACCUGGCUAAGGAUAUCAAGGCUUGGAGCCAGGACAUUGUGAUCAGGACAAGCAAUGCCAACUGCAGUCUGGCAGAGACCGAUGAUCUUCCCCUUUACUUGCCAGAGGACACUUGCCUGGAGAGGGGGGUAGCCAUGGGAGAGACAGGGAAUGUGAGGAUCAGUGAGCAGUAUGCCCCUUGUCUUCCAGAGCAACAGCUAUGUAACCAGAGAUCUCUGCUAGCUCGGACGAGUCGCCUCUGUCCGCAGCGACUGUCCCAUGUCAAACCUGAGCUGAGUCAGAGUACGCCACCGCAGUCGCAGGAGGAGCAAGCUUGCAUCCUGCAGCACCGGCGCUCCAGGGGGAUGGAGGGGAUGCGUGAUGAAGAGGUGCUGGCUAUCAUGAAGAUGCUAUGCCAGAGUGAUCCCAGGCAGGACGCCCACUCCCAGCCGUCCUCUCUGGGAGGGAGCACAGGCCUGGCUGUGGACCGCUUCAGGAGGCAGUGUUUAGGGGAGUACCUGGACACACUGGAUCAGUGUCGCAAAAAGGGAGUUUCUGUCAGUCAGUCCUCAUUGGAGAAAGUGCUCCUGCACCCGGGGGAUUAUAAUGUGGGGGGUCCAGAGCGUCCUGUACUGAGGCAGGCAGGGUCCACCCCGCUCCCAGGCUGUGGGGGCCGUCUAAGGGGCUGGCUCAGCUGGGACCAUGGAGCCACCCCCCAGGAGGAGAAGGAAGAGCAAGAUAGCCAAGAGGAAGCAGCCACACACAAAGUCCCCAAACUGAUGCCUGUGUACCCCUCCAGAAGAUCAGUCCACCGGAAGCCCAAGAUGAUGACCCUGUCUACUGGUCUUGCUGAGGUUGGGCAUAAGACUGAGUGCUGGAUGACCAGAGAGGAGUAUAUUCGGAUGUCCAGAAACAAGGAGCCCUCCUACCGACGUGCCAACCCUAAUGCUUUCUGGCCUGGCCAGGAUGACCAUGUCAGACUCUACCUGCCCCAGGUGGGCAUUUCCCCUCAGGAAGUUCUCUUCCAGCACAUCGUCCGCUCUCCAGCUCCCAGCCGUGGGAACUGGCCCAUUAACAGCCAAGGAUACUCCACCUCAGGAGACAUCGAUGGACAUAAGGCCUACACUCUGUAGAUCUAGGUCAAUCCUCUCGAUUGAUCCAAUAUUAAUUUUUCUAUUGAGAGUGUAUUAUACCAAAUUAGGUUUAUUUCGUUUUUGGAGGUAAUCACUGGAAUAUUGCAGAAGUAUUUAUGAAGGGUCAUUUUUGAUCUUCACCAGUGUAGUGGGAACUGAGGAUAUACUCUAAAAAUACUGUUUUUUUACGAUGUGUGAAUAAAAAAAAUUCUUAAA